AUGAGAUGGCCGCCAUGGGCUUCCGAAUCACAAGCCCAACAACACAACACGAAACCCCCAAUCGAACACAAUGAGAAAGAACACGGCUCCAAGAGCAAGAGCUGGGAAUCCUCGGUCACCGCAAUUGACUGGGCUGCCUUUGCAGAACCUCGAACGAUCAUCCCUACCGUAAUCCUCACAAGCGGGUUCCUGGGCGCAUUCCACAUACACCGCCGGUACCUGCGCCGUUUCCCCGACGCAGGGAGCAUCACGCCGUCACAUUUCCGUCGCAGAAGUCUGCUGGGCCGGGUCACGAGUGUUGGUGACGGGGACAAUUUCCGCUUGUACCAUACGCCCGGGGGAAGGCUUGCGGGGUGGGGAUGGCUGCCGUGGAAGAAGGUUCCGACGUCAAAGAAAGAGUUGAGAGAUAAGACGGUGCAUAUCCGUCUAGCCGGAGUCGACGCCCCCGAGCUCGCACAUUUCGGCCGUCCCGAACAGCCUUUUGCUCGCGAAGCCCACCAGUGGCUGACCUCGUAUCUCCUCAACCGUCGGGUCCGCGCCUAUAUCCAUCGCCCAGACCAGUACCAGCGUGCGGUAGCCACUGUCUACGUGCGGCGGGCUCUGGACUUUCCGAUACCAUUCCGCCGACGCGACGUGUCGUAUGAGAUGUUGAAGCAGGGACUGGCUACCGUUUACGAGGCGAAGUGGGGUGCGGAAUUUGGCGGCGAGGCUAUGGAGCGCAAGUACAGGAAGGCAGAGUGGUGGGCGAAGCUCAGGGGUACUGGACUGUGGAAGGAUUUUCGCCGGAAUGAGAAAGAGUGGGAGAGUCCUAGGGCAUAUAAGACGCGGAUGGGCUUGGAAGAGGCUGUACAGCCUCGGGUGGAGAGUAAGAAAUGA